UGAAAAAAAAAACUGAAGACAAUAGCCAUGAUGACAUCAUAUCCUGUCUAACAGCAGCUGAUUAUGACUUUGCGACGUGCCCCCAGACACACAGCAGCACACACACUGGCACUCACUCACUCACCUGAGUCUGCGCACCUGGUCUGACGCGCACACACACACUCCUGCAUGCAGCUCCUGUUCUCCUCACAGCAUGUUCAUCUGCAUUAAACAUGGAGACAGGGAGCAGUUCUUGGCAAACACCUGCUGCCCCCUGAUUCUGCUGCUGCAGUACCUGAAGCAUAAGCUGGAGCUGCCAAAGACAGAUCUGAUUGACCUGUGUGAUGAGAAGGGGAUUCUGAAGCUGCUCUUCCUCUAUAGAAACCCUCUGGAGAGCGCCAGCCGACUGCUCUACGCCCGGGGCACUUACAUCGUGUGCCGAGUCAACCAGAACAAACCCGUCAGAGGCUACACAUCCAUCACUCCAAUCCUGACCAGCCCCGAGACAGAAAUGCAAGAGCUGCUGCAGGCCCAGGUGGGGAAUCUGGAGAAGGCCCGUCUGAAGCAGCACCAGGCCCGGGUCCAGGAGGAGAGGAGGCUGCAGCUGGCGAGCGACGGCGCUAUGCCCGGUGCCCAAUCCAGCUCUGCGGUGAAAGGCAAAGCAGGAGGGAAAGCCGUGCAUGUGAACUUAGAAACCCUGGAUGAGGAGCCCUUGAGGAAGACUGUGGGGAAGAAGUCGCUGAAGGGAUAAUUCUAAUCAUAAUAAAAUACAGCAGUCACUUAAGAGGGUCCUGUGCUAGUUUCUGCAUUGGUUACAGACCGACCGACUAACUGGAAUCUGUGCUUUUUAAUGGUUAUAAAUGUGAUCUAGCUUAAGGAAUACAUUCCUAUUGCAACUACAAAUGAAAAAUAACAGCAGCGUGUUUUAACUGGCUGGAAUCUCAAAGCUCUUUACUCCAAAUAGAGGUUUUUGUUUAGUUUUUUCAGAAAAGGGGAAAUCGCACCCAAUAAAGUCACCCGAUCAGAAAAAAGACACUGAUGCAUGCAAUGCCAGGGCUGGGAAGGGUUCUUAAGCUGUUGUCUGAUCUGUUCUAAUUGUAAAUGUGUUGCACUAAUGCCAUAUAAACGUCUUUGAGAAAUCCAGCCCGUUGUCUUGUGCUGAAAAUGCAUGUAUUCCUCCCGGUGAUGUGGGAGGGACGCACUCAUCCAAUCGGCCAAUGGCAGGCUCUUCUGUUGGCUCAUCCAAUCACAGAGUCUUCAAACAGCAAGAGCCAACCAAUUAAAAGCAGAAGUGCAGCUGGACCCGAUACCACUGUGGAUCCACCUGCUGACCAGAGUGGAAGAGAGUCAGCCUCUACACAGCCUGGACCCUGUGUGCUCUCAGAAUGACAGAGCCCUGCAGAGUGGAAGAGAGUCAGUCAGUGACAGUGACACACAGCCUCUACACAGCCUGGACCCUGUGUGCUCUCAGAAUGACAGAGCCCUGCAGAGUGGAAGAGAGUCAGUCAGUGACAGUGACACACAGCCUGAACCCUGUGUGCUCUCAGAAUGACAGAGCCCUGCAGAGUGGAAGAGAGUCAGUCAGUGACAGUGACACACAGCCUGAACCCUGUGUGCUCUCAGAAUGACAGAGCCCUGCAGAGUGGAAGAGAGUCAGUCAGUGACAGUGACACACAGCCUGGACCCUGUGUGCUCUCAGAAUGACAGAGCCCUGCAGAGUGGAAGAGAGUCAGUCAGUGACAGUGACACACAGCCUGGACCCUGUGUGCUCUCAGAAUGACAGAGCCCUGCAGAGUGGAAGAGAGUCAGUCAGUGACAGUGACACACAGCCUCUACACAGCCUGGACCCUGUGUGCUCUCAGAAUGACAGAGCCCUGCAGAGUGGAAGAGAGUCAGUCAGUGACAGUGACACACAGCCUCUACACAGCCUGGACAAUGUGUGCUCUCAGAAUGACAGAGCCCUGCAGAGUGGAAGAGAGUCAGUCAGUGACAGUGACACACAGCCUCUACACAGCCUGGACCCUGUGUGCUCUCAGAAUGACAGAGCCCUGCAGAGUGGAAGAGAGUCAGUCAGUGACAGUGACACACAGCCUGGACCCUGUGUGCUCUCAGAAUGACAGAGCCCUGCAGAGUGGAAGAGAGUCAGUCAGUGACAGUGACACACAGCCUGAACCCUGUGUGCUCUCAGAAUGACAGAGCCCUGCAGAGUGGAAGAGAGUCAGUCAGUGACAGUGACACACAGCCUCUACACAGCCUGGACCCUGUGUGCUCUCAGAAUGACAGAGCCCUGCAGAGUGGAAGAGAGUCAGUCAGUGACAGUGACACACAGCCUCUACACAGCCUGGACCCUGUGUGCUCUCAGAAUGACAGAGCCCUGCAGAGUGGAAGAGAGUCAGUCAGUGACAGUGACACACAGCCUGGACCCUGUGUGCUCUCAGAAUGACAGAGCCCUGCAGAGUGGAAGAGAGUCAGUCAGUGACAGUGACACACAGCCUCUACACAGCCUGGACAAUGUGUGCUCUCAGAAUGACAGAGCCCUGCAGAGUGGAAGAGAGUCAGUCAGUGACAGUGACACACAGCCUCUACACAGCCUGGACCCUGUGUGCUCUCAGAAUGACAGAGCCCUGCAGAGUGGAAGAGAGUCAGUCAGUGACAGUGACACACAGCCUCUACACAGCCUGGAACCUGUGUGCUCUCAGAAUGACAGAGCCCUGCAGAGUGGAAGAGAGUCAGUCAGUGUGCAAUUCUACAAGAAACACAUGCUACAGCA